UGAGGACCUCUUCUUCCACGACUGUGCCUCCCAUGACAGCCUAGGAAAACAAGACGCACGAAGAAAAACAAAUACGCAGAAGGGACGCAUAAGGAAAAUAUCGGACGCGUAUUUACUGACAUUGUUGAAGGAAUUUACCAUGGCGCACCGUGCGUAAAAGGCACAGCGCCUCUUGUUUUGCUUCGCGCUUGAAUUUAGCGGUAUCAUUUAUUAAAUACAUUAAAACAGAAUCGCUCUUUUUUAAAUCUCGGAAUUCCAUCCGCAAGAAGCUGAGUAAAUAAUGUUAAAAAUGACGGAGGAGCAUGACAAGUGUGUCAGCGACCCACCAUGCAGUCCCUCUGGCACCAACAGCUCCAUGUCCCAGGACGAGUCCGACUCGGAUGCUCCGUCCUCGCCGACAGGCUCAGACGGCCAAGGAUCCCUGCUCACAGGUUUGAGCAAGAAACUGGACCCCGAGGAAGACGACCGCUUCCCAGCUUGCAUACGGGACGCCGUCUCUCAGGUCCUUAAGGGAUAUGACUGGUCCUUGGUGCCCAUGCCGGUGAGAGGGAAUGGAUCGCUGAAGAGCAAACCUCAUGUCAAAAGACCCAUGAAUGCUUUCAUGGUCUGGGCGCAAGCGGCCCGUAGAAAACUGGCUGAUCAGUAUCCACACCUGCACAACGCCGAGCUGAGCAAGACCCUGGGGAAACUGUGGCGUUUGCUUUCAGAGAGUGAGAAGAGGCCAUUUGUAGAAGAAGCUGAGAGGCUUCGGGUUCAGCAUAAGAAAGACCAUCCAGACUACAAGUAUCAGCCCCGGCGAAGGAAGAAUGUGAAACCAGGCCAGAGUGACUCAGACUCAGGAGCUGAACUGGCACAUCACAUGUACAAAGCUGAACCAGGGAUGGGAGGACUUGCAGGGAUGGCUGAUGGACACCACCAUCCUGAACAUUCAGGCCAACCUCAUGGUCCCCCUACACCACCCACUACUCCCAAAACAGACCUGCAUCACAGUGUAAAACAGGACCUGAAACACGAGGGCCGUCGUCUCCUUGACAGCAGCAGGCAGAACAUCGACUUUAGCAACGUAGAUAUCUCUGAGCUCAGCACUGAUGUCAUCAGCAACAUGGAGACCUUCGACGUGCACGAGUUUGACCAGUACCUCCCGCUUAACGGCCACGCCUCUGGCUCCUCCACUCUGCCCUCAGACCACAGCCACGGUCAGGCUCCAACAGCCGGCAGCUCCUACCCGUCCUCCUACAGCCACGCUGGCGCCAAUGGGUCAACUUGGAGCCGCAAGAGCACGCUGUCCUCCUCCUCUCCCUCGGCCAGUGAGGUGGGCCAGCACCGGCCUCACAUUAAGACGGAGCAGCUGAGCCCCAGCCAUUACAGCGAGCAUUCCCACGGCUCACCGUCUCACCCCGAUUACGGCUCCUACAGCAGCCAGGCCUGUGUCACCUCGGCCACGUCAGCUGCCUCAGCCGCAGCCUCUUUCUCCAGCUCCCAGUGUGACUAUACUGACCUCCAGAGCUCCAACUAUUACAACCCUUACUCUGGUUACCCCUCUAGUCUCUACCAGUACCCCUACUUUCACUCAUCCAGGCGGCCUUAUGGCAGCCCUAUCCUCAACAGUUUGUCCAUGGCUCCUGCCCACAGCCCAACUGCCUCCAGCUGGGACCAGCCUGUCUACACCACUCUGUCUAGACCUUAGGGACGAGAGACGGUUAGUUCGCACCGGGUCCUAUAGAGCCCUGAGACUCACUCAGAUUGAUGCACUACUAAUGAAGGAAGUAAGGAGGAGGAGAGUGAUAGGGGGGUGGUAGGCUUCCUGUGCCCAUUUGAACACAAAACAAACAUAAAA